AUGCCUCAAGGCGGACGGCUGGAGCGCGAGCUGCGCUACUCGGCCGCGGCCCUGGGCGAGCAGGGCGGCGACACCCACCAGCUGCUCAUCCAGACGCCCCGCGACCCCGGCGCCUCGCUGCUGCACCCCAACGCCCUCAAGGAGCACCUGCGCGUGCUGCAGGCGGCCACGCAGGUCACGGUGCACAUGUUCGACAUCUCGUGGCGGCUCAAGGACAUGUGCUUCGCGCCCAGCGUGCCCAAGUUCGAGGAGCACUACAUCGACCAGAUCUUCGACGGCAUCAUCCCGUGCUCCAUCGUGACCCCGCUGGACUGCUUCUGGGAGGGCUCCAAGCUCCUGGGGCCCGACUACCCGGUCUUGAUCCCCGGGCUCGGCUCCAAGGUGCGCUGGACCAACCUCAACCCGCUCAAGCUCUUCGAGCAGAUGAAGAAGUUCGACUUCAACUUCGCCUACUCGACCCUGGAGGACUACAUGAAAAGGGCGGGCAUUUCGACCGGAUACCAGGAGAAGCCCUGCCUCGACCCCAGCGACCCCGAGUGCCCUGCGUCGGCCCCCAACAAGAAGUCAGGCAUGUCGGUCAUUUAA